AUCACAUUGUUCUAGUAAAGCAAACGAAUUUUGGACUUAGAUUUGGGAAGACCGAGUGGAGAAAAUACAAGAAGAAAACUGGAAAAUGGAGAACCAACGAGGCAGACGGGGACACGGCGGACGUGUCUACCAGGGACCAGGAAGGGCAUCGAGGCAACGGCGUUCGCUUUCUCGGGCCAUGCAGGCCAUGAUCCGCAACAUGUCUGCCAUCGCGGAACUGGAAAAUGCUAACCGGCUGCACCUAGUGAACACAUUUAAUAUUUUAAACUCCUCGUCCAACCGUGGACGUGGACGCGACCCUGCUAUUCUUGUUCCUGUUCCCGAUGCCGUUCCUGUUCCCGAUGCCGUCCCUGUUCCUGUUGAUGUCCCUGCUCCCGAUGCUGUCGCUGUCGAUUAUGAGCCUGUUGCGGGUUAUGAGCCAGGGGAUGUGCAGGUGGCCCGCGCGGAGAAUGAAAUGGAGAAUUAA